UUCGAAUUAUAGGCUGAAGUCUUUGAGUGACAAGUCAAAAGAAGCUAAAGUAAAAAGCAAACCCAGGACUGUUCCAUAUUUGCCAAGGUACUCUGCUGGACUGGAAUUACUUAACAGAUAUGAAGAUACCUGGGCUGCACUUCACAGAAGAGCCAAAGAAUGUGCAAAUGCUGGAGAGUUGGUGGACAGUGAGGUGGUCAUGCUUUCAGCACACUGGGAGAAAAAGAAGACCAGCCUGAUAGAGCUGCAAGAACAGCUCCAGCAGCUUCCAGGUUUAAUAGCAGACCUAGAAUCCAUGACAGCAAAUCUGGCUCACUUAGAAGCUAGCUUUGAGGAAGUAGAAAACCACCUGCUGCAUCUGGAGGAUUUGUGUGGGCAGUGUGAGUUAGAAAGGUACAAACAUACGCAGUCCCAGCACCUGGAGAAUUACAAGAAAAGUAAGAGGAAGGAGCUUGAAACCUUCAAAGUUCUCACAUCCAUGUCAUCUCCGGGACUCACCGAAAAUAGUCAGAGGAAUCCCUCUGAACUGGAUGCUGAGCACACGCAGAAGGUCCUGGAAAUGGAGCACACCCAGCAAAUGAAGCUGAAGGAGCGGCAGAAGUUUUUUGAGGAAGCCUUCCAGCAGGACAUGGAGCAGUACCUUUCCACGGGGUACCUGCAGAUUGCAGAGAGGCGCGAGCCCAUGGGCAGCAUGUCAUCCAUGGAGGUGAACGUGGACAUGCUAGAGCAGAUGGAUUUGAUGGACAUCUCUGACCAGGAGGCCCUGGAUGUCUUCUUGAAUUCGGGUGGAGAGGAGAACCCUGUGCUGUCCCCGGGGUUAGGGCCGGAAACUGACACCUGUCAGGAUGAAAUUACUCUUCAGGUUCCAAAUGCCUCAGAGUCCCUGCCCAAGCUACCUUCCUCACCCUGUGUGUGCACAGAAUCGGCCACCCUGGACCCCAGUGAAGGUGGGGAAUGCCCCCUUGUCCAGUCUGAUGAGGAGGAAGUUCAGGUGGACACUGCCCUGGCCACUUCCCAUGCUGACAGCCAGGCCACUCCAGAUGCUAGUGAUGACAGUGACUCAAAUCAGGAGUGACUGAAGUGUCAGUCGUGCACAGAACGCUCCUGUAAAGCCAGAUUUUUAAUGAUUUUACACAAUUGCCAAUGAUGUGUGAGAAACUGACAGAAGAGCUGACAAUAAAGUUUGAGGACUUUGAACAUUGA